AUGGAAGUCUUGCAAAUGUUGUCAUUAUCACCGAAGAAUAUGUCUUUAGUAUCAUCUUCUUCUCUAUGGUCUCUGUACCUCGCCUUUGAUUUCAUGAACCCUGUUUUCUUGCGUUCCUUUUCUUCUUCUUUGCACCUCGUUUUGUUAUUAGCCCUGUUCCUCACUUGGGUGGCGAAGAAAUUCAGAACCACCAAUCACAAUGAAACCGGAAAAUACAGCUUUAGGAAUCCGAGACUUGUCUAUUUCAAGGGAACCCUUCUGGGUUGUUUGUGUCUGGCCGGGUUUAAUCUUCUCCUUUGUUUCUUAAACCAUUUCUAUUGGUAUAGAACCGGUUGGUCAGAUGAGAAGAUUGUAAUCCUGGUUGAUUUGAGCCUAAAGACUAUCUCUUGGUCAGUUGUUUCAAUCUUUUUGUAUAACCAUUCACGUGAGAAUAACAACAGUUACCCAUUAAUUUUGAGAGUAUGGUGGGUAGCUUUCUUCUUUGUUUCUUGUUAUUGCCUCGUGAUAGACUCCCUGUGUUACAAAAAGCAUCAAUCUUUAUCACCUAUUUUCUGGGUUUCUGACAUUGUUUCUACCUUAAUGGGUUUAUGUUUCUGUUUGGUGGGAUUUUUGGGUAGAAAAGAAGAGGAUGGCAGCCUUCUCCAAGAGCCCCUUUUGAAUGGUACAACUAAUGGUACUAAUAAUCAUGUUAGUGAGUCUAAGAAAUUUGGUGAGGAGCAAAAUGUCACUCCUUACGCUAGUGCUAAUAUUGUUAGCAUCCUUUCUUUCUCCUGGAUGGGCCCUUUGAUUUCUCUUGGCAACAAGAAAACUCUGGACCUCGAGGAUGUUCCUCAGCUUACUGGUCUCGAUAGUGUAAGGCAGGCUUUUCCAAUUUUGAAUGAUAAGCUAGAAUCUGUGAUGGAUAGAGGCACCAAAAAGGUUACCACUUUAAUGCUGGUUAAGGGUUUGAUUGCAACUGUGUGGAAGGAAAUAGUAUUGUCAGCUGUUUUCGUGCUCCUGUACACUUUGUCCAAUUAUGUUGGUCCUUACCUUAUAGAUACAUUUGUUCAGUUUCUGAAUGGGCGCAAACAAUCCAAAAAGGAAGGGUAUCUGUUGGUUUCUGCAUUCUUUGGUGCUAAGAUCGUUGAAUGCUUGGCACAGAGGCACUGGUUCUUUAGGGUGCAGCAAGCUGGAUUCAGAGCCAGGGCAGCUUUAGUUGAAAAAGUGUACUGCAAGGGCUUAACACUUUCUGGCCAAUCCAAGCAGGGGCAGACCAGUGGGGAAAUCAUCAAUUUUAUGGCUGUUGAUGCUGAGAGAAUUGGUGAUUUUGGCUGGUACAUGCAUGAUCCUUGGAUGGUUAUCCUUCAAGUUGCCCUUGCAUUAUUGAUUUUGUAUAAAAAUCUUGGUCUUGCUUCCUUGGCUACUUUGGCUUCAACUAUAUUGGUGAUGCUUGUGAACGUGCCAAUCGGAAAAUUGUCUGAGAACUAUCAGGAAGAAUUGAUGAAAUCAAAAGAUAGAAGGAUGAAGGCAAUGUCAGAAGUAUUGAGAAACAUGAGGAUUCUUAAGUUACAGGCUUGGGAGAUGAAGUUUCUAUCUAGAAUUCAGGACCUUAGGAAUACAGAAGCUGGGUGGUUGAGAAAAUUUAUGUACACUAAUGCUAUGGCUUCGUUUGUCUUCUGGGGAGCUCCAACUUUUGUCUCUGUUUCUACCUUUGGCGCUUGCCUCUUGAUGGGCAUCCCACUUGAAUCAGGGAAGAUAUUAUCUGCACUUGCUACUUUCAGAAUUCUUCAAGAGCCUAUCUACAAUCUGCCUGAUACAAUCUCAAUGAUUAUUCAGACUAAAGUUUCUCUUGAUCGAAUUGCUUCAUUCCUUUCGCUUGAUGACUUGCCUUUGGAUACAAUAGAGAAGCUUCCAAGCGGUAGCUCUAGCUCUGCAAUUGAGAUUGUUGAUGGAAAUUUCAGCUGGGAUGCUUCGUCUUCGAGUCCAACUCUGAGAGACAUAAACAUCAAUGUCUCUCAUGGAAUGAGGGUUGCAAUUUGUGGUACAGUUGGUGCUGGGAAGUCCAGCUUAUUGUCAUGUAUGUUGGGAGAAAUGCCUAAACUUUCCGGCUCAAUUAAGUUGUCUGGAACAAAGGCAUACGUCGCUCAGUCACCAUGGAUUCAGAGUGGAAAGAUUGAAGAGAAUAUAUUGUUUGGUAAGGAGAUGCAAAAAGAGAAAUAUGACCAUGUUCUUGAAGCAUGUUCCCUGAAGAAAGACUUGGAAAUUCUUGCUUUUGGUGAUCAAACAGUUAUUGGGGAAAGGGGAAUCAAUUUGAGUGGAGGACAGAAGCAAAGAAUCCAAAUUGCUCGUGCGUUGUACCAGGAUGCAGAUAUUUAUCUUUUUGAUGAUCCAUUCAGUGCGGUGGAUGCUCACACGGGAACUCACCUCUUCAAUGAAUGCAUACUUGGUCUUCUGACUGGCAAAACAGUUGUUUAUGUGACUCAUCAAGUAGAGUUUUUGCCUGCAGCUGAUCUCAUUUUGGUGAUGAAAGAUGGGAAAGUUGCUCAGGCUGGAAAGUAUGAUGACAUUCUAAAAUCUGGAACCGACUUUAUGGAACUUGUUGGUGCGCAUAGACAAGCUCUAUCGGCACUUGAUUCUGCCGAAGGAAGUAGCAGUGAGAAAGAUAAUGAGAAAGGAAGCACUAAAAAUUUUGUGAAGAAAGAUGAAAAUGGAGAUGGCCAAAAUGGUAAUGCAAAUGAUGCUGUGGGGCCUAAAGGGCAGCUUGUUCAAGAAGAAGAAAGAGAAAAAGGCAAGGUUGGAUUUCCAGUGUACUGGAAAUAUAUAACCACGGCAUGUGGAGGAGCUCUUAUACCCUUGAUAUUAUUAGCACACCUUCUGUUUAAUGUACUUCAAAUCGGCAGCAAUUACUGGAUGGCCUGGGCAACUCCUGUUUCGAAAGAUGUUAAACCUCCAGUAACAGGUUACACUCUCAUUAUGGUCUAUGUUAUUUUGGCGGUCGCGAGUUCUUUUUGUAUCCUUAUCAGAGCCUUAUCUCUUGCCACUGCUGGCUACAAGACCGCAACAAUCCUUUUCAAUAAGAUGCACUUUAGCCUAUUUCGUGCUCCCAUGUCCUUCUUUGAUGCCACCCCCAGUGGACGGAUUCUCAACCGGGCUUCUACAGAUCAAAGUGCUGUGGAUUUGAACAUUCCAUAUCAAGUUGGGGCCUUUGCCUUCUCCAUCAUACAGCUUCUUGGAAUUAUUGCAGUAAUGUCCCAAGUGGCCUGGCAGGUGUUUGUCGUUUUUGUUCCUGUAAUUGCGAUAUGUAUUUGGUUGCAGCAAUACUACAUAUCUUCAGCACGGGAACUUUCACGACUAGUAGGAGUCUGCAAAGCCCCAGUAAUACAGCACUUUGCUGAGACAAUCUCAGGAUCCAGUACCAUCAGAAGUUUUGAUCAGGAAUCUAGAUUCCAGGAUACAAGUAUGAAAUUGAUUGAUGGUUAUUCCCGUCCGAAGUUUCAUACUGCCGCUGCAAUGGAGUGGCUUUGCUUUCGCUUAGAUGUCCUAUCGCUCAUCACGUUUACUUUUUCAUUAGUUUUCUUGAUCUCCAUUCCAGAUGGAACGAUUGAGCCAAGUGUUGCGGGUUUGGCUGUAACAUAUGGACUUAACCUGAACAUGUUACAAGCUUGGGUCGUGUGGAAUAUUUGCUUGAUGGAGAAUAAAAUCAUAUCAGUUGAAAGGAUACUCCAGUAUAUGAAUAUCUCAAGUGAGCCUCCACUUGUUAUAGAAUCAAAUAGACCAGACAAUCAUUGGCCAUCUCAAGGAGAAGUCGAUAUUCGUGAUCUUCAGGUCCGAUAUGCACCACACAUGCCUCUUGUGUUAAGAGGCCUUACGUGUACUUUCUUUGGAGGAAAGAAGACUGGUAUAGUAGGAAGGACUGGAAGUGGUAAAUCAACACUAAUACAGACCCUGUUCAGGAUUGUUGAACCAGCUGCAGGACAAGUGCGGAUAGACGGUGUUAAUAUUUCCUCGAUUGGUUUACAUGAUUUACGAUCUCGUUUGAGUAUUAUCCCACAGGAUCCAACGAUGUUCGAAGGAACAGUUCGCAGUAAUUUGGAUCCUCUUGAAGAAUAUUCAGAUGAGCAAAUAUGGGAGGCUCUGGACAAGUGCCAGCUCGGCGAUGUAGUCAGAAAGAAGGAAGGGAAGCUUGAUUCUACAGGUUUCUAUCUUUCAACUUUAUACUUCAUCACCUUUUUUUUACUUUAUAUUUGUUUCUCUUCACUCAUGGUGUUCAAAAUUAUUACAGUUUCGGAGAAUGGAGAGAACUGGAGUGUUGGUCAAAGGCAACUGGUGUGCCUCGGCCGUGUUCUGUUAAAGAAAAGCAAGGUUCUUGUGCUUGAUGAGGCCACUGCAUCAGUUGAUACAGCAACCGAUAAUCUAAUUCAGCAAACCCUACGACAACAUUUUACUGAUUCCACGGUUAUCACCAUUGCACACAGGAUAACCUCUGUUCUAGACAGUGACAUGGUUUUACUUCUAGAUCAUGGUCUGAUUGAAGAGUAUGAUACUCCAGCAAAGUUACUCGACGACAAGACAUCAUCAUUCGCUAAGCUUGUAGCAGAAUACAGCAUGAGAUCAAGCUCUAGCUUCGCAAACCUCGAGAACAGCAGAGAUUCCUCAAUACAGCUACAUUGA